AAAAAAAAAAAACAGACAGACUCUUUCCAGAAAGAGAAAAAGAAAGAGAAAGAGAGAGGGAAGACUCGCAAUUCGGAAUUUUUUGCUACAGAAGAAGAAGAAAGAGAACGAAUCGAAGCUGCAGGUGAUACGCAACGCUCGCGGCUCCGAUUAGCCACGUUGCCCAUUCUUCUGCUAACGUGCGCCAUCGCUCUCGCAGUGACGACGAAGCGGCCAAUGGAAAUUGUGCGGAGGCCACCUGUUUCUGUUUCUAUUUGACCGAGAGAUUCUCCUUGGCCGGCUCGUCCGAUCCGAUCAUCAAAAACCCUAGUUCCGUCUCUCUUUCCCACUUCUUGAGAGAGAGCCGGCGAUGAUCGAUUUCAAUUCUUAGAGAGAGAAAGUGAAUUCUUGAGAGAGAGAGAGAGUGUGUGUUGUAGAAAGAUCGGAAAAUGCAGAGACGGAGUCCUCCGAAGCACCGGCACGAUGGGACUUCGCCGCUGCCCCUUGGGAUGGAUUGGAGUCCUCCUCCGCGUAAAUGGAAUGGGCGGGACACAGUUUGGCCACAUGAUCCUCGCACAGGGUGGAGUUAUUGUGUCAUUAUACCCUCCUGGGUUGUCCUUCCAAAAUCAAGAAAUUCAGAUCCCGUAGUGUUCUACAGGGUUCAGGUUGGUGUACAAUCACCAGAAGGUGUUACAACUACAAGUGGAGUGCUAAGAAGAUUUAAUGAUUUUCUGAAGUUAUUUAAUGAUCUUAAAAAGGCAUUUCCCAAGAAAAAUCUCCCACCAACUCCACCCAAGGGGCUUUUGCGGAUGAAGAGCCGGGAACUGUUGGAAGAGAGAAGGUGCUCUUUGGAGGCUUGGAUGACAAAGCUGCUUUCUGAUAUUGAUAUAUCAAGAAGUGUUGCAGUUGCAUCCUUCCUGGAACUAGAGUCUGCAGCUAGGUCUUCAUUCCAAGAUGCAAGUCAAAACACUUCAGAAGUGAAUUCACUUCAAUCGCCUUCCAAUUCUGCCUUACCUGUCAUUGUUGGUAGUUCAUCAAUCACAUCAGAUUAUGGAAGUGAUACCGCUUAUGAGACAUCUGAGCUAGGAACACCUAGGCAAGCAAGGGAUGACAGUUCUGAAAUUGGUAUUGAAGAUCUUUUAUUGGAUGAAGAUUUAACAAGCCCAAUAGAAAAGCUUGUGAAGUAUGGCAUGACCAAUAUUGACGAAGGACUGUUUAUGGGACAGACUAUACUAGAGCAGUUGGAAGGCCUUCCUAAGCAUAAAGUGCAUGCAAGAAAUGUCAAUAAUGUUAUAGGGAAGGAUACAUAUAAUGGAAAUGCUUCUAAAACUUCAAUUCAAGCUCGUAAUGGAAUGGAACUUUUCUCUGCACCAGAGCAUAGUAAAGUAUUCGGCCAUUCUCGCAAGCUCUCUAAUGAAAGUGUGGGAAGUGAUGUUAGUUCUCAAAGAGGUAGUGAAAUGUCUAACUCUGGGGUUCCAAAUUCAUCUGGUGAUGGUUCUUUCGAUCUUGUUGGAGGUGCCGAGGUUUCAAGCAUCAUGGAAAUUCUUGGCAACGCAGAGUUACAAACUUCAGGUGGCACUCAGGUAGUUCUCCCGUUAGAUCAGCGGCAUAAAUUGAGCAGGGUUCUCUUGACUAUGCAACGAAGACUAGUCACGGCAAAAACAGACAUGGAAGAUCUUAUUGCUAGGUUAAAUCAAGAAAUAGCAGUGAAAGAUUACCUCACAACAAAGGUCAAGGAUUUGGAAGUUGAACUUGAAACUACUAGACAGAAAAGUAAAGAAAACCUGCAGCAAGCUAUUUUAAUUGAGAGGGAAAGGUUUACCAAAAUGCAGUGGGAUAUGGAGGAACUCCGGCGGAAGUCGUUGGAAAUGGAGUUGAAGUUGAAGUCUGAACAGGAUAACAGGUCGUGUGCAGAUGCAACAAAAGAUUCCACUGUUCAGGAGAAAGACAUAAUGCCACAGGAGUUGGAUCCUUAUAAGGAGCAGCUUGAGAAUUUGUCAAAGCGAUAUGAAGAGCUAGAGGCAAAAUCUAAAGCAGAUAUUAAAGUUCUUGUUAAAGAAGUUAAAUCCUUACGCAGUUCCCAAAAAGAACUGAAGCAUGAACUCAGUAAAUCGCUAAAGGAGAAAUCUGAAGCUGAGAAGCUUCUCCAACAGGAAAAACAAACAAGCAAGCUUGGAGAAACUGCUAGAGAAAGAUUGUUGCAUGACUGCAGGAUUCUUCAUAAGCAGCUUCAAGAGUGUAAUAUCAAUUUUCCUGCAGACCCUUCAAUGCUACCAGAGGCUUCAGAUUUGUUGGCAACAUCAGACAACCGUAUUAGCCUCCUACUUUCAGAGGUACAACUCCUAGCUCAAGACAAUGGAGCCACUACUGAUGUUGGUGAAGUUGACAAUUUUGUUGAUGAUACAAGAACAACAGACGAUGAGUUGAGGAAGAUGCUUGCAGACAUUUUUUCUGAAAACGCUAGCUUACGGAAACAGUUGAACAGUGUCAUACGUCAGGCUUGCAAAAUGGACAUUGCGUCUAAUCAAGACGAUGUCCCUCAAGACAAACUUCACUCGUGAGUAAGUAGGAAAAUGUAGGGAUGAAUAUUGUAAAUUUUUGUUUUUUGUUUUUUUGUUUUUGAAAAAAAAAAGAAUAAUAUGAGCCCUUCAUCAUCUGUUGUUUCAUAUAGCUCUCAUUACACAUGACACUUUUUAAGCUUGUGGUUACACAUGUACAAGUCUCAAGAAAGUUUGUGCAUUCUCUGCAUUAGCACAAUGUUGUAUUCUUCUGUUUUUCAAGGGCAUGAAUAAUAGAAAGAGAUGAAGGGAAAUUACUAGUGGAAA